AUGGACGACGAAGAUGUCCUGGACUUGGGCUGUCAGGUUCUACCGUGGAUCAGCAACCAAGUCAUUGUCAUAGGGCAGCAGACUCGUAAUAAGGUUUAUGGUACCCUAGGAUGCGAGCUGUUCGUUCUAUCCCAGCAGGUAGCAUCGAUUAGAGAGACAGCAAUCGGGCGACAAAAGCUAUUGGACAUAUUUGAGCUUGUCGACAAAGCAUGUUCAAGGUCGCGGAACGAGGCGCAUCGAUUUCGAGCUCUGAAGGGAAUUCGUACUUACAAGGAUUCCAUAAGCAAAAUCAGACAGACUGUCAUCAAAGAGACACAGGAAGGCCUGGUACAUUUUGUCCUGCAAAACCCAGAAUACCACACCCUUCUACGCCUAGUUCCGGAUUGCUUGACAGUGGAUAAAACAGAGCCGUUGUAUACGGAGGAGGGAUACCAGGAUGACGGCGAUAUUGGAUAUCCAGGACAUUUGAAUGAUACGCUUUACACGCAAUUACAAAUUUAUACUACGUGUCGCUGCCGCACGGGUCACCUGGACUGGACACGGCUGCGACUAAGCACCGACAGCCAAAACUGGGAUGAAGAUGUUUCAUUUGAACUCGUAUUUAAAAGCAACACUUUUCCUCCGACACAUUCGCAAUCAUUUGUACCGUGGAAGGAGUCGAAUGUGAUGGUUCCAAGGCGGACUGGUAUUCAGAAGCGGAAGAAAGUAGGGUUCACCAGCCCACCCCUUGAGCCUUUAUCGCCGAAACAAAAUCGCUCUCGCGUGGCACAAAGCAUGCGGCGACUCGCGCUGGGAGAAUUUUGCAAAUUGAUCGAUGAUCAGCGUGGGAACCCUGUUCACUUUUAUAUCCAGUCAAACGUGCUCAAGGUUAUUGAACCCCCUAAUCCUAUCCCCUGCCGUGGUAUUUCCUCUUGUGAAGCACUUUCACUAGGGCAAUGGCUUGAAAAAGUUCCUCAUAUCUCCAAUAAGGGUAAAUCUCACCUAGCCUAUACUAUUGCCAAGUCCGUCUGGCAAUAUUACAACUCGCCAUGGAUGAUGACACCCUGGACCCACGAGAGUAUUCAAUUAUUGAAUGAAGGAACUGGCCUGACAGGCCAGGGUAAACCACAUCCAUACCUGACGACAAAAUUGGCUCGAGCGAUUGUGAAGUCCAACGACUUUUAUCAUGCCAGUGAUCUCAUGCACCAAUAUCCACAUAUUCUUGCAUUGGGUAUCCUUCUCAUCGAAAUUGCGGUCAAGCAGCCCUUGACAGGUGAGGAGUGUCCUCACCCCUUGAGUGAAACUGUGAUCAAUGAUUACUAUACAUGGGCGUGGACAACAGCCCAUAGAAGCAAUUUGAAAGACACGGUGCAUUCUCUGUAUGAAGAGGCUGUUAAUAACUGUCUCAAUCCUGAGCUGUUUGGUGGCUAUUCAAUGCGGCAAUCUCGAGAGGUAGACGAAAUCAGAGCCCGACAGAAUGCCCUCUAUGAGAAAAUUGUCGUCCCAUUGAAAAGAUUAUCCGACGCCUACCGAGAUGACUGGGAUAUCCAAAGACUUCCCUCGACGAACACAACUGAGGCAAUUUCUCACCAAGACAUCUCAAACAAAACUAUUACUGCCUCAGAGUCUCCCCUUCAGGCAGAUUUCACGGUUGCAAUAUUCUGUGCCUUGCCGCUAGAAGUCGAUGCAGUUAGCGCGCUUUUUGAUGGGUUCUGCCAAGACUCUACACUGUAUCAGAACGCGCCAGGAGACUCAAACACAUACACCCUUGGUCGAAUGGGUCGCCACCACGCCGUUUUGGUACACCUUCCAGGUAUGGGAAAGAUCGUUGCAUCCCAAGCUGCCUCUUCUAUACGAUCAACCUAUCCGAACAUCAAACUCGCUCUGGUGGUCGGAAUUUGUGGCGGCGUUCCAUAUAAGAACGGACACGAGGAGAUUAUUCUCGGGGAUAUAGUGGUCAGUGACGGGAUUGUCCAGCAUGAUUUUGGCAGAAGAGUUCCAGGGGCGUUUCUUCGCAAGACAUCUGCAACCGAUGAACUUGGUCGGCCUAACGUGGCGAUACGAGGUUUCCUUUCGAAAAUCAAGACGACGAUGGCACGGAAGCGAAUUGGUAGCAAUGUGGAGAAAUAUCUGAAAGCUGUCAAUCAGACCCUUGGCAAUGACACCGCCCGGUAUCCAGGGAUAGAGCAGGAUGAGCUCUUUCAGUCUACUUAUCGGCAUAAACAUCAUGACCCCGUUGCUUGCAUCAGCUGUGCCCACUCUACCAAUAGCACGGUCUGUGAUGAAGUGUUUGAUCUAUCGUGUCAUCAAUUGAAAUGCCACAAGGAUAAACUUGUUCGACGCAAGCGGCUUCAGACUGCACUUGCUCAAGGACAUACGCCUUCUCCCACUAUUCAUCUUGGUCUUAUCGCAUCUGGGGAUACAGUCAUGAAAUCUGGACAAGAUAGAGAUCUCAUCUCUAUGCAAGAUAAUGUGAUAGCUUUUGAAAUGGAGGGUGUAGGGGUCUGGGAUAGUCUACCCUGCGUGGUGGUCAAGGGGGUGCGGCCUGUAUGA